GCAGUAAUGAAGAUCAUUCUGUACUUCCUGAGGAACAUGAAGAAGGAAGAGCUGGCCGAUUCACUUCAAAACAGAUCUCAAGGUGCAAUGUGUCAACGUAAACUCAAGUCUAACCUGGAGAAGAAGUUCCAGUGUCUGUUUGAGGGGAUCGCCAAAGCAGGAAACACAACCGUUCUGAAUCAGAUCUACACACCGCUCUACAUCACAGAGGGAGGGACUGCAGAGGUCAAUGAUGAACAUGAGGUCAGACAGAUUGAAAUAUAUUCCACGAAACCAGAGAAACCAGAAAUAACAAUCAGAUGUGAAGACAUCUUUAAAGCAUCACCUGGAAGAGACGAACCAAUCAGAACAGUGAUGACAAAGGGAGUGGCUGGCAUUGGGAAAACAGUCUUAACACAGAAGUUCACGCUGGACUGGGCUGAAGAGAAAGCCAACCAGGACAUAUUGUUCAUAUUUCCAUUCACAUUCAAACAGCUGAAUGUGCUGAAAGAGAAAAAGUACAGCUUGGUGGAACUUGUUCAUCACUUCUUUACUGAAACCAAAGAAGCAGGAAUCUGCAGGUUUGAAGAGUUCCAGGUUGUGUUCAUCUUUGAUGGUCUGGAUGAGUGUCGACUUCCUCUGGACUUCCACAACAAUGAGAUCCUGACUGAUGUUACAGAGUCUACCUCAGUGGAUGUGCUGCUGACAAACCUCAUCAGGGGGAAACUGCUUCCCUCUGCUCGCCUCUGGAUAACCACGCGACCUGCAGCAGCCAAUCAGAUCCCUCCUGAGUGUGUUGGCAUGGUGACUGAGGUUAGAGGGUUCACUGACCCACAGAAGGAGGAGUACUUCAGGAAGAGAUUCAGAGACAAGACACGGGCCAGCACCAUCAUCUCCCACAUCAAGACAUCACGAAGCCUCCACAUCAUGUGCCACAUCCCAGUCUUCUGCUGGAUCACUGCUUCAGUUCUGGAGGAUGUGUCAAAAGUCAGUCAGAGUGGAGGGCUGCCCAAGACCCUGACUGAGAUGUACAUCCACUUCCUGGUGGUUCAAGCCAAGCUGAAGAAUGUCAAGUAUGAUGGAGGAGCUGAGACAGAUCCACACUGGACCCCAGAUAGCAGGAAAAUGAUUGAGUCUCUGGGAAAACUGGCUUUUGGGCAGUUGCAGAAAGGCAACCUGAUCUUCUAUGAAUCAGACCUGAUAGAGUGUGGCAUCGAUAUCAGAGCAGCCUCAGUGUACUCAGGAGUGUUCACACAGGUCUUUAAAGAGGAGAGAGGUUUGUACCAGGACAAGGUGUUCUGCUUCGUCCAUCUGAGUGUUCAGGAAUUUCUGGCUGCUCUUCAUGUCCAUCUGACAUUCAUCAACUCUGGAGUCAAUCUGCUGGAAGAAGAUCCACAGUCAAACUCACAGAAGUCGAAAACAACAAAAGAGAAAUCUGCCAUGACACAUUUCUACCAAAGUGCUAUGGACAAGGCCUUACAGAGUCCAAAUGGACACCUGGACUUGUUCCUCCGCUUCCUCCUGGGUCUUUCACUGCAGACCAAUCAGAAUCUUCUACGAGGCCUGUUGACACAGACUGGAAGUAGCUCACAGAUUAAUGACGAAACAGGCAGGUACAUCAAAAAGAUCAUUGGGGAGACUUCCUCUCCAGAGAAGAACAUCAAUCUGUUCCACUGUCUGAGCGAGCUGAGAGAUCGUUCUCUUGUGAGUGAGAUUCAACAGUCUCUGAGAUCAGGAAGUCUCACCACAAAAAAGCUCUCUCCCGAUCAGUGGUCAGCUGUGGUCUACAUCUUAUUGUCAUCAGAAAAAGAUCUGAAAGAGUUUGACCUGAAGAAAUACUCUGUUUCAGAGGAGGCUUUGUUGAGGCUGCUACCAGUGGUCAAAGCCUCUAAUAAAGCUUUGCUGAUUGGCUGUAACUUGUCAGACAGAAGUUGUGAAGUCUUGGCCUCAGUUCUCAGUUGCCAGUUCUCUAGUCUGAGAGAGUUGGACCUGAGUAACAACGAUCUGCAGGAUUCAGGCGUGAAGCUACUAUCUGCUGGAUUGGAAAGUCUACAUUGUGAACUGACAACUCUCAGGUUGUCAGGAUGUGUGAUCACAAAGGAAGGCUGUGUUUCUCUGGCUUCAGCCCUGAACUCCAACCCCUCCCACCUGAAGGAGCUGGACCUGAGCUACAAUCAUCCAGGAGACUCAGGAUUGCAGCAGCUGAACCAGGUUCCACAUUGGAAAGCGACCACUCUCAAGGUGGACCAUGGGGGAGUGUGGAGGUUGAGACGUGGUGUAAGAAAGUAUGCCUGUGAACUCACACUGGACCCAAACACAGCAAACAGAAACCUUAAACUGACCAACAACAACAAAAAGGUGAUAAUGAGAGAGGAGCAGCGAUAUCCUGAUCACGAAGAGAGAUUUGACUUUUGGCCUCAGGUGCUGUGUGAAAAUGACUUGACUGGUCGCUGUUACUGGGAGGUGGAGUGGAGAGGAGAUGUUCGCAUUGCAGUGACUUACAAAGGAAUAAGAAGGAAAGGAGAUGAAGAUAACGGCAAGUUUGGAAGGAAUGAUCAGUCCUGGAGUCUGAACUGCUCCGGUGGUAGUUACUUUGUUUGUCACGAUGACAGAGAAACCAAAGUCCCUCUCCCCUCUGCCUCUUUCUCAAACAGAGUAGCAGUGUAUGUGGACUGGCCUGCUGGGAUUCUGUCCUUCUAUGGAGUCUGCUCUGACACACUGAUCCACUUACACACCUUCUACUGUACAUUCACCGAACCUGUCUAUCCUGCGUUCGGACUCGGGUCUGGUUCAUUGGUGUCUCUGUGCUCUCUGUAG